CUCUCCUCUUCUGCCUGACCUGCUCGGUGAAUCGGUGGGAGACUAGUCUGGACUUUUCUUCGGUUUGUUGUCGUUACCUCCCGCGGCUCCUUUUGAACGUGGAUAAUUAAAGAAAACGGGGAGACAUUUCUUUCUACUAAUUUAUCCGCUGGAGAAAUAAACACCGAGCUCCAGACUAAGGAUGUCCACCGCCUUGGAAAGUUACAUUAACCGUAUCCUGCUGCUGUUAGCUCGCUAACCUGCUAAUCAAGCUGCAGAUGUUUGUUUCUUUAACUGCUGCUGCUUCAGGCACCGUGGCCAUUGUCACGUCAGAUGGCAGGAUGAUUGUGGGAACUCUGAAGGGCUUCGAUCAGACCAUCAAUCUGAUCCUGGACGAGAGUCAUGAGCGAGUUUUCAGUUCCACUCAGGGGGUGGAGCAGGUGGUGCUGGGACUCUACAUCGUCAGAGGAGACAACGUAGCCGUCAUCGGAGAGAUCGACGAGGAGACGGACUCCACCCUGGAUCUGGGAAACAUCAGAGCCGAGCCGCUCAACUCUGUUGUCCACUGACCUUUAAGCUCCUCCAUACCCUACUCUGCUGUGAUCACUGUUGUCACGGCAACCAAGCACAGCAGGACUCGGUUGUGUUUGUUUGCUAACUGAAUAAUGACUAUAUCCUCUUAUGUACCUCUGUUUGUUUGUGGGAUUUUAUAAAUAAAGAUAAUUGAACUGUU